UACAGCAGGCAUUAUGAAAAUUUCUGAAUUCUUCGGUUGGCCUAUACCCCGGCGAUGGUAAACUAGUCAGUAGACGAAAUCGUUGAGCACUGUACAUUUAGCAAUAUGAAAUCAAAUCCAAAAAACAAACUAUUCAGACAGUCCAAGUUUAGAUGUUAACUCAACCCCCUUCAUGAGGAAAGGAAAAGUGGGAGAUUGGAAGAAUUACUUCACAGUCGAACAGAACGAAGCAUUUGAUAAACUAUAUGAAGUGAUUAAAUUAAACCAAUAGGAUGACAUGCUUGAAGAUCAUACUUUCGUGGUGUGUUCUUCUUUAGCAGCAUGCGCUUAGCUCGAAAGAAGUAAAGCCAUGACCUUUUCAUUGUGUGAAGGCUUACCUGAAACUCGACAAUUGUGGGCGUUUCGUAUAUAGUGUUCAAUUGCUGAGCAUACCUUUUUUUGUAAAAUGACUGCAUUUGAUGAGCCUAGGUUUGUUGAUGGGGUACUACAUUCAAGUGUAACGUCUGAUGAGUUGUUGAAAGCAAUCAGGAAGCUGGAUAUUCGAGACGAUGACGUCAUCGUUGUGAGUUAUCCAAAAGCAGGGACAACUUGGACGCAAGAGAUAGUUUCGAUUCUAUUUUAUGGCUGCGACAUCGAGAAGGCAGAUGAGAAGUAUAUACGACAUCGGUUCUUGUUUCUUGACAUGAAAAAACUGGACUCCUCUUUAGGACCGCACGAGAUCGCUGCUAGUCUGCCCUCUCCUCGUCUGAUAAAGACUCAUCUCCAGAGCAACGAAAUGCCAGAACAAUUGACAACCACCAAAGCAAAGAUCGUGUUUAUUGCCAGAAACCCGAAAGAUAACGCAGUGUCAUUAUUUCAUUUCUCAAACGCAAUUGCUCCUCGAGAUCGUCAGCAAUCCUGGAGUGAUUUCUUUACUGAUUUUUGUGAAGAAAAAGUGAUUAUGGGAGGCUGGUUUAAAAUUAACACAUACUGGUGGAGUCGACGUCAAGACAAAAACGUGCUGUUCCUGAAGUACGAAGACAUGCAGAAAGAUCUUACAGGAGGCAUUAUGAAAAUUUCUGAAUUCUUCGGUUGGCCUAUACCCGAUGGUAAACUAGACGAAAUCGUUGAGCACUGUACAUUUAGCAAUAUGAAAUCAAAUCCAAAAACAAACUAUUCAGACAGUCCAAGUUUAGAUGUUAACUCAACCCCCUUCAUGAGGAAAGGAAAAGUGGGAGAUUGGAAGAAUUACUUCACAGUCGCACAGAACGAAGCAUUUGAUAAACUAUAUGAAGAGAAAAUGAAGGAUACCGGUCUUCUAUUCGACUACGAAUUGUAACUUAGGCCUAUACAGAUACACAAGCCUUUUUACUAAUAAGACUUUCUCUAUAUAUGUAUAUAGCACCAGACCUGCUUUCUUCUUUUGUGACAAAAUGAGUCUUGUGAUACGCCAGGUUAAUUUAAUAUGUUCAAGAAAAUAUAUAUAAGUUGAUAUUUUGACAAAAAAAAUGGGUUUUUCAAUAUUUCUGAUAAGUAAUAUGUAUAUUUCAUGGAAAAAAAAGUUCAGAGUUGAAUUGCCUAACGUAAAGGUGACUUUGAGGCACAUUUGUGUGAUCAAUAAUUUCUUUUUGUUUCUUUCCUUUAUAGGCCUUCUCUCCGAAUGGGGGAGGUUGGGGCCUCCUCAGGCCCCAAAAAUCCGCCAUCUGACAGUCUGAGGCAGUGAGGUUAGCCUAUACUGUGACAUAUAAUAAUACACGUGUUACUGGUAGUCAGAAUAUUGCUGAAUUUUUCAAUCAUUAUUUUGUAAACGUAGGUCCAGAGGUUGUAAAAUCAAUUACUCCGCCUACUGUUCAAAUUGCGCUAUCUGACUACUUGACUGGUAACCACGUACUGCCACUCAUUCUUUUUAACACCUGUUGUAGAACAAGAUGUUCUUGAUGUUAUACGAAAUCUAGAUCCCAACAAAUGUUCGGGUUUUGACAACAUAACGUCAAAAGUGGUCAAAGGCUCUGCAUUAUCCAUUUUAAAACCACUGACUUAUAUUAUCAAUCAGUCGUUUAUAAAAGGUAUCGUACCUGAUAACCUGAAAGUUGCUAAAGUAUUGCCAAUUUUCAAAAAAGGUAAACGUGAAGAUUUCACAAAUUAUCGACCCAUAUCUAUCUUACCAAUAUUUUCUAAAAUACUUGAAAAAAUUAUGUAUUCCAAAUUAUACUCAUUUUUAGAUAAAUGCACUAUCCUCAACGAUCACCAAUUUGGGUUUCGUGAAAACCAUUCGACAUCAACAUUACGGCGGGAUUUGAAAAGAAGAAAUUCUUAAUCAGUGUGUUUAUGGACCUUUCUAAGUCCUUUGAUCUUAUUGAUCAUGAUAUUUUGCUUAAAAAGCUACAUUACUAUGGAAUCAGAGGUAUUGCUUUACAUUGGUUCUCUAGUUACUUAAG